AUGGAGAGUAAGGAGUUUUUUGUAAUCGGAGGAUUAGAAGAAGGAACAGCGGGUCCAGCAGGAAAAGGGGAAUGGAAAAUAUAUGGGGAGUGGAUAGCGCAUUGGUGGGUGAAGAGCACAGGGGAAAAAAUUAGUGUACCGAGGAGUAUGGUAUUUACCUUGGUGAAAGCUGAGGGCGAGGGAACGGGAAAGAAACUGGACACUAAUGGGGAGAUGGUAGAAGAGGUGGGGUUCGAGGGGUUACAGAUUGGUGAUGUGAGAUUAUAUUACGAUCGCAGUUUGUUGAAGGGAGUAUUUAAAGUCAGCCAGCAGGAGAUAGAGAAGUUUGGUGCUUGA